AUGUCUGAACAUAUUGAUGAGCAGUUGACGAAUGCUGGAAUGCAGGCGUUGAAGGAGAAAGCACGGGAAGAAAAGGACGGUGGUAUUGGGAAUGGUGAGGAUGUGGUGGCAAACGUGGCUAUAAGCCGAGUUUCCAAGAAAUCUGGACUCAAAAAGAAGAAGAAAGACCGGUGCUAUUACGACAAAUGUGGAUCUACAGCUCUCAAAUUCAUAGGUGACUGUCAGUUUUGCCAAGGCCAUUUUUGCUCACGACACAGAAUCAUGGAAAACCAUGCUUGCCAAGGACUCACAUCCUGCAAGGAACAAAUGCAUCAGCGAAACGCGGAUAAACUCGCCGCGGAACAAACCAUAGUAUCGAAAAUUCAAAUCUGA